CAAAUAAAUCCUAGGUUCUUUCUUUUUAAUUUAUUACAAGAACCCUAGGUUUUUGUUUUUGUUUUUUGUUCUGUUUCGUGUGUGUGGGGGUUCUGCGGGAGCUAGGUUUGAUGAUAAUGUUGUUGGAGAUCAUCUCAGACCAGCUCCGUCGUCUCUGAAUCCAUUUUCUUCCACCAUUGUUGUUGUAUUUCCGUUCAAAUAUUAUCAUCACCACGAACGAGUUUAUAAAAGAACAAAAAAAAAACAGAAAAAGAUGAGGUGUUUCUCUUGUCUCAAUACGCAAUCUAAUGACAUUAGAAUCAACAUUGAUACCCUUUCCGACCUUACCGAUUAUUCCUCAGCUGACACAAGAAGCGGUUCAAGAGGAACAGGGUCAAAAUCUGGCAUUUUAGUUAAUGGGAGAGUGAAUAGCGCUAAACCGGGUGGUGGUGCACGGAGUUUCACGUUCAAGGAGUUGGCUGCCGCCACGAAGAAUUUUCGAGAGGUCAAUAUGAUCGGCAAAGGAGGCUUUGGCAGUGUCUACAGGGGGCGUUUAGAUUCAGGACAAGUGGUGGCGAUCAAGCAGUUAAAUCCAGAUGGCCAUCAAGGAAAUCAAGAAUUUAUAGUAGAGGUCUGUAUGCUUAGCGUCUUCCAUCAUCCAAAUCUUGUAACUUUGAUCGGUUACUGUACUUCUGGUGCUCAGAGACUUCUCGUUUAUGAAUACAUGCCUAUGGGUAGCUUAGAAGAUCAUCUUUUUGAUCUUGAGCCUGAUCAAACUCCGCUAAGUUGGAACACUCGGAUGAAAAUCGCGGUUGGUGCAGCUAGAGGGAUUGAGUACCUUCACUGUAAAAUAAGCCCAUCCGUGAUAUACCGUGAUUUGAAAUCAGCAAAUAUAUUGUUAGAUAAAGACUUUAGCGUCAAGCUAUCUGAUUUUGGACUGGCCAAGGUUGGUCCAGUGGGAAACCGGACACAUGUGUCGACUCGGGUCAUGGGUACUUAUGGAUACUGUGCUCCAGAAUACGCAAUGAGCGGAAGAUUAACCAUUAAAUCGGAUAUCUAUAGCUUCGGUGUAGUGUUGCUUGAGCUCAUUUCUGGCAGGAAAGCUAUUGACUUGAGUAAACCAAACGGAGAGCAGUACCUUGUUGCUUGGGCUCGACCAUAUCUCAAGGACCCUAAGAAAUUUGGACAUCUAGUUGAUCCCUUGCUUAGGGGAAAGUACUCGAAGAGGUGUCUUAGCUAUGCGAUUGCUAUAACCGAGAUGUGCCUAAACGAAGAAGCGAAUUACAGACCCAAGAUAGGAGAUGUGGUGGUGGCAUUUGAGUACAUAGCCGCUCAGAGCAAAUCCCAUGAAGAUCGAAGAGCGGCUCGCAAGUCUACGGACACCAACCGGUCAAGAGAGGAAACAAAACAGAGUUACUAAAUUUUAUGAGUCAUUAAGUGAAAACCUCUGCUAGAAUCAGAAGGUUCCUGAUAAGGCCGCGUAAUGUUUGUGCUUUUUUUCCGGGUGGUUUUGUUUAGUCAGCUUGGUCGGAUGAAGAGGGUGUUUUUUUUUGGGGGAAUUGAGAUAAAUGGUGCUUUGUAAAAAACUGAAAAAAAAUGAACUCUUACGUUCAAAAUAUAUAUAUAGGUACGUACGUAUAAUAAUAU